CACAAACAAGACGGUAGAAAUGAAACAUAGAGACCCCUUCUCUUCCUUAUUUUAUCUAUUUAUCCCAAUUUCUUUAUUCACUCGCGGUUUCUGUUCCUUCUCUCUCUCGCUCUCUCUCGCCGGAGAUCUCCUGAUCGGAGCAUGAAGAACUCUCUGAUCUUCACCCUUUUCUGGAUCGCAAUCUGUGCCAUUCAGGUGGCACCGGAUGCCUCCGAUCACCGCUACAGCGAAGGCGACCCCGUUCCUCUUUACGCCAAUAAGGUCGGCCCAUUUCACAACCCCAGCGAAACCUACCGCUACUUUGAUCUGCCUUUCUGCUCACCAGGCGAUGUAAAAGAGAAAAAGGAAGCUCUUGGUGAGGUUUUGAAUGGAGACCGUCUUGUUAGUGCUCCCUACAAGCUUGACUUUAGAAGAGAGAAAGAUACAGAAGUUGCUUGUAAAAGCAAGUUAUCAAAGGAAGAAGUUGCUCAGUUUCGGGCUGCAGUGAAGAAAGAUUAUUACUUUCAGAUGUAUUAUGAUGAUUUGCCUAUCUGGGGUUUCAUUGGAAAGGUUGAUAGGGAAGGCAGGGAUGAUCCAAGUGAAUAUAAAUAUUUCCUGUUCAAGCACAUCCAAUUUGAUAUUUCUUACAAUAAAGAUCGUGUUAUUGAAAUUAGUGCUCGAAUGGAUCCACAUUCUGUGGUGGAUCUGACAGAAGACAAGGAUGUCGAUGUUGAGUUUAUGUAUACUGUGAAGUGGAGAGAAACAGAUACUUCCUUUGAGAAGAGGAUGGAUAAGUACUCGCAGUCCUCGUCAUUGCCACAUCACUUGGAAAUUCAUUGGUUUUCAAUUAUUAACUCAUGUGUAACAGUUCUUCUUUUGACCGGUUUUCUUGCCACCAUUCUGAUGCGUGUCUUGAAGAAUGACUUUAUGAAGUAUGCACAAGAUGAGGAAGCAGCUGAUGAUCAAGAAGAGACUGGUUGGAAAUACAUCCACGGCGAUGUCUUUCGAUUCCCAAAAUACAAAUCAUUGUUUGCUGCAGCCCUUGGUUCUGGCACUCAGUUGUUCACCCUUACAGUUUUCAUAUUUAUGUUGGCAUUAGUUGGUGUGUUUUAUCCAUACAACCGAGGAGCUUUGUUUACUGCCCUGGUGGUCAUAUAUGCACUCACAUCUGGGAUUGCAGGAUAUACAGCAGCGUCGUUCUAUUGCCAACUUGAAGGAACAAACUGGGUGAGGAAUCUGUUGCUGACUGGUUGCCUUUUCUGUGGGCCUCUUUUUUUCACAUUCUGCUUUCUUAACACUGUGGCUAUCGUUUACAAUGCAACCGCUGCACUUCCCUUUGGCACAAUUGUGGUGAUAGUUCUCAUAUGGACAUUGGUAACAUCACCAUUGCUUGUUUUGGGUGGUAUAGCAGGAAAAAAUAGUAGGAUCGAAUUUCAAGCUCCAUGUCGCACCACAAAGUAUCCUCGAGAAAUUCCGCAGUUACCUUGGUAUAGGAGUACUGUUCCUCAGAUGGCAAUGGCAGGGUUUCUCCCUUUCAGUGCUAUAUACAUUGAGCUUUACUACAUAUUUGCUAGUGUCUGGGGUCACAAGAUAUACACAAUUUACAGCAUUCUAUUUAUUGUCUUCAUCAUCCUUCUGAUAGUGACUGCUUUCAUUACCGUAGCUUUGACCUACUUUCAGUUAACCGCUGAAGAUCAUGAAUGGUGGUGGAGAUCUUUCCUUUGUGGUGGCUCAACCGGUCUGUUCAUCUAUGGUUACUGCCUGUACUAUUAUUAUGCACGGUCCGAUAUGUCGGGUUUCAUGCAAACUUCUUUCUUUUUCGGGUACAUGGCUUGCAUCUGCUAUGGCUUCUUUCUGAUGCUCGGAACUGUAGGCUUCCGUGCAGCCCUGUUCUUUGUUCGUCACAUCUACCGGUCGAUCAAAUGCGAGUAGCAAAUUUGGUCUCUCUCUCUCUCUCUCUUUUUUUUCCCCCUCUUUUUUGCUGGGGAGGGAGGAAGAGAACACGUUGGCUCAGUUUCAUCCCUCUGUUUUAGUUAAAGGCUCCCCUCUUGGCUAGUCGAUAGGUACAGGUUAAUGAAUGUUACCUUCAUUUUGGGAUCUUUUUUAGAUUCUAAAGCUUUGACAGAUUUUGGUCGUUACUAUAUGUUAAUCUUUUGUUCUGCUUGGAUAUCAGUUCUGUUAAAUUCUAUAUUAUUUAUUCAUGUAGAGAAGCAGUGCUAAAUAUACAAAUUUGUUCCGCUAUUUGUUA